AUGAACCAAGAAAUGCAGCCUCAAAUGAAUAGAAAAUGUGAAAGGAAAUACAACUCACGAAAAAGAAAAUCGAUUCAUGCCAACUACUCUCCAUUGAGAAAAUGCUACUUUGUUGAAGAGGGAGUCGAAGUAGACUUUUUAACACAAUCAGUCUCACCACAACUCAAUUUAGAAGACGAUGAAAUACUUUCAAUAUUGUCUGGAUCACCAUCAUUUGAAAAAGAACCAUAUGGUGAGACUUCGAUAUACAAUGAAGAUGAUGAAAUUGUUGUAAAUAUCAAUCACAAGUAUAUUCAAAGAUCAAAAUCGUCUCUGUCUUUCGAUUUCGAACGAUCAAAAACUCCAGAAAUAUUCGAGUAA